GAGAAGAAUUAUUUUGAGAAAAAGCUUGAUCGACGAAAUGAUUGACGGAUAUUAGAUGUUAUUUAUAAAUAGCGCGCGAUAUUGCUUAAUUGUCAAAGUGAUCAUCUAGCGGUAGUACAUGACGUUGACACAAAUAAAGUCUAGAUGGCACCUUCUGUCCAUCACCGCGCAUUAUCAAAUAUCGAUGCAACAAGAAAGCGACAAAUUUAUCACGACAUGGCUCGCACUGGGUCUAUUCUCUUUACGUCUAUGAUAUUUUAAGAUCUUAAUUGCUGCUGCGCCAAUCUGCCAUUAUGUUGUGUUUGCAGGCUGUGCAGGUGUUUGGAUUCUCGAUAUAUCUAUGUCGUGGGAUCAACGCAAUAUAUCUCAUGACGCAGAUGGAUGUUACUUAGUCGUCGACAUUGUCGACAUUGUCGCCAAGACGCUUGGCCGUUAAUAUUAUGGAAAAAUUACAACUACAUCGAAGAUUAAAAUCGUACAUUCCCCGUUACCCCAUUCUUUCGUCUUUUGGCGUGCACAUACAACGAGGGUGAGGAAGGUGGAAUUGCGCCGACGAGUCCACCGGCGACGAAUGCGCAGUGAAACGAACGGGACGAACUGCGACGAGUUUGCUGCGCCCCUCGGGUGGCUCUGUGGGGUGAGUGUUGUAAAACACCUUGUUGGUAUCAACGUGGGAUCGAUGUUUAAUGACGAGAAGCUCGUGGAGGGUGAACGUGAAGGGGAACGUGGAUUAAUGCGUCUCUUGAGCUAAGAAUAUACCUGUAAGGAGAAAUCUUUAAAAAGAAGACAUGAAACACACAUACGCAAAAUAUAUACACACAUAAUAUAUACACAGAGUGGAAAGCUGGUAUUAUAAAACAUGGAAUCGAUACUCGACGAUCGUGAUAGCCGCGACGAGGAGUUUUCUACAGAGUAAAUUUGAUGACGUCAAGGACCAAGGGGUAUGUCGAUGGUUCGAUUUAAAGAAGCUGGACGACGAAAGUGAAUACAACGAAAUUUCCCAAAGGAAGAGAAACAAAUUUCCCGAAGGAAAGAAGACGAUUGCGUUACCGAAAUAGGAAACGCAAGAAACAUUCUUCAGUUGUGGAAGAAACUCAAAGUUUUUUUAAUAAUCUGUUGGGACGGGAUCCGUUUCUGAAGAAACCUUUUCCAAGGAUUAAAAAACCGUGAAACAAAUCAAUGUCUGUAAAGAUUUCUUGUACGUAACAAAUGCAAAAAAUUUUACGUAAGAAAGAAGAAAAUCUUUCAGUCGAUUGUAUAUUUUUCACUUGAAAGACUUCAAAUAAUCUCGACAAAUAAGGCAAAUGUCUGAAAGAUGCUGGGAUAAAUCAAGAUAAAUCUCAGACAGAGAGAGAGAGAGAGAGAAAGAGAGUGCAGCAUUCCAAGGGGUUGCAGUAUAUCGAGUGUAAGGUUGGCGAGAGGGGUAAAAGAGCCGAGAGUGAGGUCGCGACGAGUGGCGUUCUUCCCGAUUGGGAAAUAGAGAUAGUCGAAGAGAAGCAGCAGGUUGAUACAUACAAAGUGGGGACGUUGCGGAAAUAGGUCAAGAGUGUCUCGGCGAUAGUAGUGGCAGCCUCUAUUUGAUGUCCUGCGUCGAAUAGAUCGCGCGAGAAAUCCAGCGCGAGUGCUAUGACGAAUAUUAUCACAUGGAUUGAAUUCGACUCGAUCACAAGUAAUACGAUUCGAUAAAAAAAAAUCCGUAAAUUAUUGCGGACGUUAAUCUUCAAAUUAUACGAAGUUUGUGCAAUGAUGUCGACACCAAGGAACUAAUCUUGCUGUUUAACGAAUGCGAGCUCAUUGAAAAUACAACGACAGUCACAACGAGGCAUGCAAAAUCAUUGCAUUUGACGACGCUUCGCGCAAGAAAUGCAUCAUUUAUCGCGGCAGAAGCACAUCCGAUCGUCGUCGGUUCACAUGCUGAAGCCCGCGCGUCGUCGGUGUGAUCGCAUUAUCAUCGCCGCCGCCAAUUCACGCGGGGAGACAUAGUCGUCUCCUCUCUCGCCGAGAAAUCCGACGAGUUUUUCAUCAUUUUUAUGGUUUACGGCUCGCGCAGAGCCACGGAAUCAGCAACCACCACGGGGAUCGCUUGGCUUCACAAUAUCACUGCUCAAGGCGAAAUGAGCAGCGGUGGAUUCGGCGUCGGCGUCGGCGUCGCCGCCGGCGGACCGAGCCUCGCGGCUGCCCAGCAGGGCCAAGGAGUGGCCGCCCUUCUGGUGAUGCUCGCCGUUCUCUGCUUCAUCUUCGCAUACUGUUGUUGGGGCGCGCCCUUCUGCCGGUCCUUGUGCAGACGACAUUGCUGCUGCCGUUUGGAGGAUCCUGAGCCAGACCCGCGAUUCGGCGGUAGCGAUCAGGCCAUGGUGGCGACGCCGACGAUCAUCCUUCUACCGCAUGGCAGGAUGCUCGUUGUUGACGGCACGAUCUUUACACAGUUUCAGACCGAUCCCACAGGUUUGGACUUGGUGGAAUUGGGCGACAGCGUAUUGCGUGCACAGAGAAAUCCGCGAAGCGUGAACCGUCAUCAGCUGCAGAGUAGCCAGGGUAGCAUUCUCGAAAUGGACGCCGAGACACCCAGCAAGGACAGCUUAGGAUCUGUCGGGUGUUUUCCACCGCCCACUUACGAAAGUAUCUACGGCAAAGAGGAAACCGACAUGCCUCCCUCUUAUUCCGACAUUCUCUUGCACAGAUUCGCGAAUUUGCCGCACGAAAUUGACAUGCACGGCUACUGCCGUGAUGGCAAAGAGGAGAUCGAGAUGCAGAGCCUGGACAGCUGUCCGCACAUUAUCGGCAAUCCGUUAAAUUCGGUGCCUGGAUAUCAUCCUUACGCCACAGUGACUAGCCUGUCCAGUCUACAAAGCUACCCACGGCGGAACGUUUCGCGCAAUCCGUCCAUCAUCAGUAACCCGCUGGAUAAUUUCUAUGUGGACAACGAGCUCGGUCUUUAUCGACUCAGUCGGGAGACUAUGCCGCGGGUCUCCAGCAACGACGCGAAUCUCGAGACCUUCCGCGCUUCUCACGACGAGAUGUCAUUUCGCAUCCCGCUCGACGAAAAUGAGAACCAUCGGCACGCCGAUCGCAACAAUCAUCAGGUGGCUGGCAAUGAACUGAUGAACACGAGGAACCGUACCCGCAGCGCCUCUAGGCUGAGUCAGGACAGCCGCCGGAGUUCGCUGAACCGUGAUGGAGACCAGCAUCAAAUCUUUGUCAGACUGCCCGACUCAGUAGAAAUCGAGACUGCGCUAGAUAGACGCAUUGACGAGGAUCAACGACAUUCUCGGAUAUAUCACGAGGAUCAGAAUGUCAGGAACUCGCAUCUAGAUCAUAUCCAGCUGCAAGACGAAGUGAAUCGAAACGUCGACAACAAUCCCAGAUACUUCGCGAGAAACAGACAGAUAGAAAACGGAGACAGGGGUCAGGACGAAGUCGAUGGGGCCCAGUAUCCCGACGAGGAGGCUGGUAACUUUGGCGCGCUCGCGGAUAUUCGCGAGAGUAGAGUGUAAUCUGAACUUAUAUUUGUGCAUAAUUCUUUUGAAUAAUUGGUAAGAAAGGCUUAAGUCAGAUUUCUUCAAACUUGAGAUAAUUUAAAAGUACGUAGAAAGUUUUGUCUGAUUUUUCAUAUAAAAUCUAGUUAAAAUAAAAAAGCGAUAUCUAUUCCAAAAUUAUUUUUGUUUUUAGUAGAAACUGCAUUAAGAGAGAAACGAUUAUACUAUUUUGUAAUUAAUAAUGAUAUUUUACAUUUCAUGAAAAAGAUAUCUUGGCUCAUGUCUUUAUGUCAAUUUGAUGAACACAUUAGCAAUGUACCGCACAACGGAUAAAGGUUUCGAAAGUUAGAUAACGAAUGGAAAUGGUUGCGACGAAUUUUUUAUGAUAUAAGUUAUUAAUAUAGUAUUUUAAUUAUGUUCACAAAUUAAAAUCCAGGAUAAAAGAUUGAAAAGUUGAGAAGUUAUGGUCACAUAAGAUAAAUAUUGCAGAAGAUAUUAUAAAACGUUGUUAUAAUUGUAUAUAUAUAUGUGACAAUAUAAUAAUUGUACAUGACAGUCUAGAGAAAUUCGUCACACAUAUACGUACAUACAUAUACGCAACAUAUUUCUGGUAAAUUGUACUGUAUGAAACUGAACAACGAUAGUUUUGAGGAGGCUUGAACGAAAGCUUUUGCGCAUUGAAACGAUUAGAGAGAAAUCGAAAAAAGAGAUUCAUGGAUAUCUUCGAGACAUAUUGCACGACGAAAAUAUCGAAAGUACCAAAUAGUUAUUAUUCUCUUACAAAAUAAUGUAAGCAGAAAAGAUAAAUAUCAUACAAAUUGUAUUAGUUAAAAUCCUUAACAAAGAAACAUCGACUAUAAGAAAUUAGUGAAUGCUGAACGAUUCGCAAAAUAAAGAUGCUUUCAUGUGCGAAAAAUUAUGUUUAAGUCUAAAUUUU